UUAUUUUGACAAUGUCGGACCGGAAAUGUGUUGUUAUUUAUCUUCCGUUUUGGAUCGCGGAGUUCGGCAAUGAAAACGAAUCUUUUGCUGAGUUUUCACAGAAUUGCCUUAAUUUUAAUCGGGUGUUUUAUAUUUUAUGUCUUGUGGAAUUUAAAGGGUGCGAUGCGUGACCAAACGCUGGACUAUUUCUUCAGUCGGAGUUUUAUAACGAGGAUGGACGCUGCCGAGGUUAGCUGGUCGCAUGCAGCGAACAGCCGGAGCAGGCUGGCGGAGGCGCUCACAGGUCCUUCUCUUAUGAUUGAAGCUGACAUUGUCAUGAGAGGUCGUGAUCCCAAGGAGCCAAUCAUGGCACAUCCCCCUGAUACAGACAGUGACAUCACUCUGAGGGAAUGGCUGGAGGGAGUGAAAGAGUAUGGCAAGGGGAUAAAGCUGGACUUUAAGAGUAUGGAGGCUGUGUCACCAUCUUUAGUCCUGCUGCAGGAGGUGCUGACUGAGCCAUACCGUCCUGUGUGGAUCAAUGCGGACAUCUUCUCGGGUCCUGGGGGGCAGAUCGGACCUCUGCAGCGUCACACCUUCCUCUCUGUUGUGACUCGUCUUCCCUCACACUCUGUGCUGUCUCUGGGCUGGACUACAGGAUGGACUGCUGGGACAGAUAAUCCAGGCUACAGUUGGGAUAUGGUCCAUAUGAUGGAGAAGAUAUGUAGAGACCUUAAACAUCCCGUCACGUUCCCAGUACGUGCAGCUCUGCUGGCCAAGUCCUUCUCCCAGCUGACAUGGCUGCUGAAGCAGUCAGACAGGUACACUCUAACUGUGUGGACGGGCCACAGUGAUGAGUUCUCACUGCAGGACUUGCUGCCCUACAGAGAAGAGUUUGCCACGAGCAGGAUUUACUUUGACCUGCCAGACUCUCUAAGAGCACAGAUCAUUUCAGCACAAUAAACAAAUAUGAAUCCAGUGAGAAGUCUGGCUCUGACAUUAACUGGUGCACCUGCAAGUAAAAACUAACUUUAUCCUGAAUUUAUCUGAAGCUCACUUCCUGUUAAAACAGAGUUCAUCCUCCCCACCGUCACCGACUGCUUGCUCAUAGGAAUCGUCUAUUCAUGACGAUCCUCUGCGAUACUGUAAGGUGUCUGCCUCACAGUAUUAAUGCCAUGACAUUAAUGUUACUGGUGCUGGUGCAUUUCAAAUGAAAAGAUGCUCUAAGCCCACUUGUAUGUAAUAUUUUCUCACUUUUCUCUAUCGAUUCUUUUUUUUUUUUCAGUUGAGUCCAGUCACGUUGUGUUUUUGUUUGUUUGUUUGUUUAUUUUUUAAAGAGUCUUCGUCUAUUUUCAAGUGGGACAAAUCAGACAGUUUCGAGCAGAAGGGGCCUCUUUCCCACAAAAGUUGGACUUUCCUUCACUUACACGACCUUGUAGCUGUGUCUUUGUGUCUUUCAGAAGCUGAGGUUAAAAUUAUUUUCUUAAAAAUAUAUAUAGUUCAAGUUACACUGGAUAACAAAGUGCAUGUGGUUAAAUCCAGGUCAUAAUGUUCUAUUUGGUACUUUGAUUAGUAAACCAUGAGGAACAUCUGUUGGGCGUCACACAUAAUAUCCAGAAUCAGUGUUCUGUUGAGAAAGGCAGCGUUGAAAGAGCUUCAAGUCCCCCCAGCUUACCUCUCAUCACAUCUUCACAGGGCAAAAGGUCUUAACAUGUAGCUUUUAUGUUAAAAUGAUGCCAAAACAGUCAUUUUACUCAUAGCACUGGGAUAACAUACUGACCACAAUAUAAACUUACACACUUACAUUUCAUAUGGAGUGACUUCAGUGACCUCAGAGGCUGUGAGUGAAACGGUGGGAGGAGCCACUGAUCUAGAAGAAUGUCUGACUUUAAAAGAAAUGAGUAUGUUGUGAUUGACAAACAGAGUUUUUGAGAGGAAAAGUGAAACAGAAUAUUCUUUAUUUGAAACAGGCAUUAUGCUAAUGCAUGUUCAUGUAAGAAUGAGCUCAUGAUAAAUGUAACUGAAGAUAAUUUGCAUGAACUGAAUGAAACACUAAAGUUACUCGAAUGUGACUGAAUGUUCAUAUGCAACAGAAUUCAGUUUGUAAAUAAUAACACAGAAAAGAGGAAAAUUUAAGUGAUUUUAAUGUUUAAACUUUAAAUCAUGUAUGUGGAAAAGUCAGAGAGAGGAUGGACAUGGAGUGAUGUUAACAGCGUGACUGGAUGUCAUCUCAGAAGAUGUGAUGUCCGGUAAGUAAGGGGGCAGAAAGGAUGAGCAGGUAUAAAAGCUUUGUGUAGAGGUCUUCCCUUUGUCGUCUGCAACAUGAGCAGUUCAGAAGAUUUGGCCUAAAGUCUUUACAGUUGGAAAUUCUGGCAGAGGUGCCAGAUGCAUCGAUGGCUGCCCGAACUGUGAACAUGCAAACUGGUUUUGUAUUUUUUGUCCUUUUCUCUGCUCAUUUUUACUGUGUUGGAUUAUAGAAUCAAGAGCAUUUUUUAUUUCCACUCAGCGCAAAAACACAGAGACAAGCGCAUCUCCAUGCCUGGCUGUGGUCGUUCCCUCUCCAACCUUUCUCCUCAAAAGGAUCUGAACAAGGUUGGUAUUAGCUUAGAGUAGGUUCAUUAGAUAAGUAUAAUUCAGGUGAUUAUUAUUAUUAUUUGAUUCUUCUUUUGCUUUGAACCUGUUAAAUUGCUUUAAUAAAAUAUCCUGCAGUUAAA